AUGUCUUUAGAAUCCAAUUCCGACAACCCGUACUUCUUCGAUCCAUACCAGGAUGAAUACGAUGAGGAGCGAGGUGAAGACCAUCCAACCUAUGGGCCCGACAUGGAAGAUCGUUUCAAUAUACAAGGAUUACAUCGCUACAUGAACAGCUGCUUUGGGAUAUCUCCAAAAGAUGACAACAAGCCUUUCGGUGCUUGCUAUAAAGACUGGGCAGACCUCAACCUCGGGGAGCUAGCCGAAUAUUCCAAGUACUAUUGGUCGGCGUCAUCCACAUGCUUUGCACUACCCACUCAUGAUCGAUUACCCCAUAUGAAAUGCCUCAUGGAGAGCGAAGUCAUUGGAGACAAUCGAUUACUUCGAGAUGAACUCAUUGCUAUUGUAAAAGUCAUGGCCGCUCGGUUGAACACAAAGUCCCCCGCCCUCAUACAAUGGCCCCUGUAA